AGUGAGAAAGGCAACGAAAACCCUCGCCCGCUUCCCCCAAACCCCAACAACUGCCAAUGGCGGCCACCGCGAUGGACCAGGACGGCGGCGGCGGCGACGUGGUCACGCCGGGGGAGCUCCUCGGUAACUCGUUAACCCUCGUGGCUGGGCGCGGAGCCUACGCGGAUGGUCGCUCCGUGCGCGCGUCGGUCACAGGCCACCGCCGCAUCGUGCCGCCCGCACCUGGCUCCGACGACCAGAGGUCUACGGUGGAGGUGGUGGGGCACAAGGCCCAUGGAGCCGUGCCGCAGCCUGGAAGCGUCGUCAUCGCCCGAGUAACAAAGGUUAUGCCUAGAAUGGCCAAUGCUGAUAUCAUGUGUGUUGACUCAAAGGCAAUCAAAGAAAAGUUCACUGGCCUGAUAAGGCAGCAAGAUGUUCGUGCGACUGAAAUCGACAAGGUGGAUAUGUACCAGUCAUAUCGGCCUGGGGACAUUGUUAGAGCUGUGGUUCUUUCUCUCGGUGAUGCAAGGGCCUAUUAUCUUUCCACUGCGAAGAAUGAACUUGGCGUUGUUUCAGCACAAAGUAUAGCGGGUGGCACAUUGGUCCCAGUCAGUUGGACUGAGAUGCAAUGUGACUUGACUGGCCAAAUUGAACAAAGGAAAGUUGCAAAGGUGGAAUAGAUGUGCUAGCCAUCCUGAUAAAUGUUUUUGAUGGUGUACAACAUGGUGACCAGCGAAACCAGGACCUUGGCUGUGGACUGCUGGUUGUACGAUGUCCAAAUUCUUCUGCACGGAGCAUUUUUUUAGAGAACCCUGGGUGAAUGUAAGUGGGAGAUCGUCCACAAAGAUUGUUAGCCAGGAGAGUCCAUCUUGUGAUCUGUAACUCGUGAGCUAGUGACAUUGCCGUUGAGCCGAGUUUUGUAUACAGUGGAAAUUCUGGUUUUGCAUUUGUUGAGAUGUGUUGCUGUGUC